CCUCCAUCUCCCGCCACGCGCCCGCUUUAAACUUCUCCCGCUCCAUCCAUGCCUCACCAAAUCCUAUAUAAACGUUCCCACUCGCCCAGCAAGCAGCAGCCACACGAACACCACCACCAAGAUUCUAGAAAUCACCACUCGAUCCGAUACAUGGAGUACACCGACGUCGGGUACGACGAGCAGGAUCAGUCGCCGGAGGCGGCGGCCGGCGGGGAGUACGCCACGGUCAUGUCCGCGCCGCCCAAGCGCCCCGCGGGGCGGACCAAGUUCCGGGAGACCCGCCACCCGGUGUACCGCGGCGUGCGGCGGCGCGGGCCCGCGGGGCGCUGGGUCUGCGAGGUCCGGGAGCCCAACAAGAAGUCCCGCAUCUGGCUCGGCACCUUCGCCACCGCCGAGGCCGCGGCGCGCGCGCAUGACGUCGCCGCGCUCGCCCUCCGGGGCCGCGCCGCCUGCCUCAACUUCGCCGACUCCGCGCGCCUCCUCCGCGUCGACCCCGCCACGCUCGCCACCCCCGAGGACAUCCGACGCGCCGCCAUCGAGCUCGCCGAGGCCUCCGCCCACCAGGACGCCGCGGCGGCGGUCGCCUCCUCCUCCUCGUCAUCGUCGUCCGCGGCCGUCGCGGCGGCGGCACCCAUGACGGCGAUGAUGCACCAGCACCAGGACGCCGCGCCGUACGACUACGCGGCAAUGUACGGCAACAUGGACUUCGACAACCCGUACUGCUACGACGGGAUGGGCGGCGGCGCCGUUGCCGGCGGCAACGAUUGGACGCAGACCGGCUGGCAUACGGACGGCGACGACGACGGCGCCGGUGCCGCCGGCUGCGGCAGCGACAUGACGCUCUGGAGCUACUACUGAGUUCGAUUGAGCUGGAUAAACUCAGAUGCUACUCUAAAGUCUCAACUAUAGGAGGAGAUUGGAAGAGGAGAAGCUGAGUUGAUAGGGGUUCUUUUUUUUGGAGGGAUGUUGAAUUUGAAUUCAAGUUUGUAAGCGAGGAGGAACGGCAAAAGGGCAUGCAAAAAAAUUGCACUUUUGCCGUUCUUCCUUUUGGGGUGAAGGAAAUAAAGAAGACUAUAACUCUGGCUGCCGAGAGUUAUUUUUUGAGAGAAAAGAGGAAACAAAUAGGUUUAGUUAUUCUUUGAAAACCUAGCCGUUUUAUACUGAAUUAAAGAGGAUACCAUCGACCCUCUUUAGUUAAAAUUAAUUAAAACGGCUAUUGAAAAAUAAUUGAACUAAUUAAAUUAAAAUUAAAGAGGAUAAAUGGUGAUCCUUCGGCA